AUGGCAUAUUUUAAGGUGAAAGGGAUUCCCACUACUGGGAAGAAUCCAAAAGUGUGUCCUGGCACAGAGUGAGGAGAGGAGGAGGGAAGACAGCAGUAUUUUUCCCUCAUCUUUGCCUCUGCAGGCGUUUCUUCUGUGGGAAAAUGGGGGCAGGAGCUCUGACCAUCUGUCAUAACAAGACAGCGGUGCAGGUUAAAGAAGACAUGAAGAAGAUGGUCCAGAUACCCAUACUGAGACCCAGGACAGUAGCAGCCAAGCACACCAAGCUGUUUGGAGCUUCCCUGUUUGAGUUGAGAGAGAAAGGCAUGGUGGAGGAUGGUGUGCCUCUCGUGGUGAGGAGGAUGGUGGAGCAUCUCCGAAAACAUGCCUUACAUCAGGAGGGUCUAUUCAGAGUAAAUGGCAAUGUCCGGGCUGUGGAGAUCCUGAAACAAAGGCUGGAGGGUGGAGAGGACGUGGACCUUCAGUCUGAAUCUGACACAUGUACGGUUGCCAGUUUACUUAAACAGUAUCUCAGGGACCUUCCAGAGGGUCUGGUGGACUCACCAGUCCAACAGGCACUGAUACAGCACUAUCAAGAAUGUGGCGAUGAUGGCUCGUGGUCAGAUAUGAGAGACCUGAUCCAGCAGCUUCCAGAUGUUCACCACAGCCUCCUCCGCUACCUCUGCCACUUCCUCACCCUCGUGGAGUGCAACCACAAAGACAACCGCAUGACGGCCCUCAACCUCGCCACUGUGUUUGGACCCAGUGUCUUCCAUGUGGCUCCUGGUUUCGAAGCGUUGAAGGAACAAAACAUCUGUAACAAGAUCAUGGUCAAACUCAUCCAGAACUACAACAGCAUAUUUGAGACCAACAGAGAGAAAGAAGGCUGCACAGAUGAACUGUCGACCCUUAUCAUUGUCAAGUCCCAGGAGGCGCACGUGAUGGAUGCAGACACAAAGAAGUCACCCAGCCACCUCAACGCAAAGACACCGACGCCAGCUCCUGGGACAAAAGUUGGACAAAAAAACACGCCAGAAAAUACAGAACAGAACAAAUCCUGCACAAACACUCCAAAGGAAAGACCAAGGAAGAAGAAGGUAAGGAAAGGGAAGAGUGACGGCAUGCCGGGACUCAUCCCGCAGCUCAGCCACUCUGCUCGCUUACCCCAUGCGAGGCCACUCUCAAUCGUUCUGCCCCUGACCUCUGAGCUGAGGAGCCCCAGUCCAGAGGCGAUGGAGACGACCCCCACACCUCUGGCUCACCAAGACACCCCAGACGUCUCCUCGCCCCUUGGCCAGCUCGAUGUAAGCCCCUCUGGCAGUGUGGAGGCCCUCAGCAGUUCCCAAGAAGAGGAGAGACCGAUAUCUCCGUUCUACAUGAGUAACCACCUCUCCCCGGUCCACUGCAGACCAGAUGUGGUGAAUUUUCUGGACAGGACGAUACGUUCAGCCGUGGAGCAGCACCUCUUUGACAUAAACCCUUCAGGAGAUCAGAGUUCAGAGGAUUCAGAGUCGACCCCUCGUCCUCCGUCUCCAAAAGUGACAGCAACGGCUCGACAGAGACGUCGACAGCAGAGAGAGCAGCACGACGACAGCCUGAGACACAGAGACAGAAACAGCAGAGCACCAUCCGUCAGUUCAGACACCAACAAGGAAAACAUCCCCUCGAGUGGUGGCAGCAGUUCAGGCAGCGUGGGGGACGACACCGGCAGCAGCAGCCUGGACUCACAGGGAGGCCACGCCGAGCAAACCUCCAAACCCAGAAAGUCCAAAUACAAACCUACACUGGUGCAGCUCUCCGACAACCAGGACACCUACACAGUGAAGGAAUGUGUUGGUGAAAAACCUGGACCAAACCUCAUGGAUACAGCUCAGAAAGGGAAUGACAUUUCAAGAAAAGAUGGCCAUCCUUCUCCUUCACAGACGUUAAGGAUGAAGAUCCAGGAGUCGCCCGUCACUUGUGACACGGGGAGGGUCAGCAGCGGAGAGGUGCGAGGCUCGGACCCGGACUGCGAGAAGACGAGCUGUGAGGACGUUCCCCGGCUGGACCUGACAGCGCUCACUGAGGACAACAACUGGGGAGAUUCUCCGUUUUUUAACACCCCUUUCCUCGAUUUCAAAACCAUUUUCCAUCUCAGUUGUGAUGAACCUGUCCCAGCAUACUCGUCACUGCAGAGGGAGAGCAUGGACCGGGAGGAGGCUCGACUCUCCCCCCACGCUGGGGGAGGGCGUCUGAUCCGCCAGCUGCUGGAGGAGGACAGCGACCCGAUGCUGUCCCCUCGCUUCUACGCCUAUGGACAAUGCCAGCAGUACCUGGACGACACCGAAGUGCCUCCCUCACCGCCCAACGCUCACUCAUUUGUCAGUCGCAGGCGGAGUUCAUCUCUCGGCUCCUGUGACGACGAGAAAGAAGAGCUGACGUCGGCUCAGCUCACAAAGAGGAUUCACGUCCUGAAGAAAAAGAUCCACAGAUUCGAGGAAAAGUUCGAGGAGGAGCGGAAAUACAGACCUUCCCACAGUGACAAAGCUGCAAACCCAGAGGUGCUGAGGUGGAUGACUGAACUGGCCAAGCUUCGUAAAGAGCUGAAAGAGCACAAGCUAAUGAAGUCUGAGGAGGAUCUGCCUCCUCUCACCCGUCAGCGCAGCAACACUCUGCCUAAAAGCUUCGGCUCUCAGCUGGAGAAGAAACCUCAGCAGGAGAAGGUGCCGAAGCCGCCGGUGGAGAGCACCCUGGAGACGAUUUUAAAGAAGCUGCAGGAGAAGAGGGAGGAGGUGAACCGGCCCGAGGACAUCAAGGAUAUGACACGGGAGCAGAUUGGAGCAGAGAAAGUCGCCCUGCAGAAAGCUCUGCUUUACUACGAGAGUAUCCAUGGCCGCCCAGUCACUAAAAGUGAGAGGCAGAUCAUGAAACCUCUGUACGACAGAUAUCGCCUGGUGAAGCAGAUCCUGUGCAGAGCCUCCACCAUCCCUGUCAUUGGCUCUCCCUCCAGCAAACGCAGAGGUCCCCUCCUUCAGCCCAUUAUCGAGGGCGAAACCGCACUCUUCUUCGAUGAUAUCAAGGAGGAAGAGGAUGGCUCAGAGGACGACGGAGACUCAAAGACUCAGUUCACCGUGACCGUCCGGCCUGACCUCAGCGUGCUCGGCUUCCUGGACCACAUGGACGAGGAAGUGGAUGGUUUCAUUUCACCGGUGGACGAACUGUCGCCAUCGAAAAACAUGACGGACAUGAGGCUGUCCAACCUUCACUCCGCUACCAUGCAGGAGCUGGUGGAGCAGCUCCAAGAAACCAGAGAGGAGAAGAAGAGAAUCCGCAAAAACCUGAAAGAGUUUGAAGACCAGUUCUUCAGACAGAACGGAAGAAAUGUGCAGAAGGAGGACCGCUCCCCGCUGGCAGUGGAGUACAGCGAGUACAAGCACAUUAAAGCCAAACUGCGGCUGCUGGAAGUCCUCAUCAGCAAAAGAGACUCCGCCAAAUUAAUCUGAGAAAAAUAAAAGACACUAAAAGAACUGUAGUUUCUGGUGAUACGAGUCAAACACACAUCUCAACCUGCAGGAGAAUAGAUCUGGAUUUUUCCUUUCAUGUUUCUGAUUCGGAGGAGGAUCAGCCUGGUGAGUGCAGCAGGGUUUUCCUCUGACACCUACAAAGAGCCGAUGACCUGCGACUGAUCCACAGCGCACACUCACCUGCUUCACCUGAGAUUUCCAGCUGGAACCUCACCCUGACCAGAGAACGGAGACGCGCACAAAUAACCUGAAUCACACCUGUAACUGCUAAUAAUUUAUUCUUCUCAAUGGUUUUAUCAGAAACGUUAUUUUUCUCACGCUUUACUGUAGAAGUCUUAAAAAAAAACAUUGUAAGUAAAAUAAUAGAAAUGAAAUCACUGCUAUUUUUAAAGAAGGAUUUUCUGAUCAAGAUUUCUGUGUAUUUUUCUAAGGGAGAUGUUUGUAUAACUUCAAUCAAACAGUAUUCACUAAACCUUUCUCUGUAUCAGUUCUGACCUUUGUAUAAUGUCUGAAAUAAUCAAACGUUGCUUCUCUAGAAGUGAAAUGAGUAUCUGCUCACUAAAAGUGAUAAAAGUGGUUUCUAAUUUUAACACAACCCAAAGACUCAGCACAACCUGCGAACCAAAAUGACUCAGAUGUUCUUUGUAUUCCAUAAAACAGCUUCUUGUUUGUGAUCACUGGUACUCACCUGAACAUUUAAGUGUAUAUUUUAUACAUUAACAAGCUUUUUCCCACAUUUACUUCACGUGAAAUAAGCUAUUUCUCGUCCUGAAAUCACUGGUAUGUUUGUUCACACUGAUCAGACCUGACGAGACGUUCACUGACGCAACUCUGGAGGAAAAGAAAACCCCAGUUUUCCUUCUCAUCCUCUCCAGAGCUUGUUUCUUCUGUAAAUAUGGAUCACUAUGUAUGUUUACAUUUCUGUGAGCGAGUACUUUUCUCCUUCCUUUCUCCAAAAUGGAUGAUUAUCAGUGUGAAUUUCGUUUUUACAGAAUGUAAACACUGGCGAGGCUUAAUGAAUUCUGAGUGUGUACAUUUUAGUACAUAAAUUGUAUUGUUUGUAUUUUGUAUAUAUUAUGAAUGAAAUCAUAUUUUUACUGAA